AUGCAGAUUGGGACGCCCAACAUCAACACCUUCCAAUGGAACGCCAACACGUACAUGCGCUACGAUCGGCCGGCCAAUGACUACAUCAAUAUCUACACUGGUGGCCAGCAUAACUUGUACAUGCGCUUCGGCAACAACGAAAAGCACCUCCACGGAUCGUGGUCGGAGCCCGUGCUGAACGCGAUUACCUCGGACCGGCGUCUGAAGACGAGCAUCACGCCUCUUCGGAGGACCUUGCAAGGCCUGCAGGGCGAAAACGCCACCGAGCAGGGCAAGAAAGGCGACGGAGCUUUGUGGAUGCUCCGGCAGCUCCGCCCCGUGUCCUAUCACUUUAAAGCCGGCUCCGAAUCCAAGUACAUGCGCUUCGGCUUCAUAGCCGAUGAGCUGGAGACCACGGUCCCUCAAGUCGUUCGUUCAGGAGGCUCUCGACAAGGUGUGGAGAACACCAAGACGGUGGCCAUCUAUGAUCUGCUUGCCCUGCUGACCGCGGCCGGGCAGAGCCAGCAAGAGGUCAUCGAGAACCAGGAGCGGCUCAUGGAUCAGGUAGAGGCCGAGUUCGAAGCCUUCAAAGCCGAGCUGAAGAUCCUGAAAGAGAUGAAGGAGAAGAAGAGGCAAGCCAAUCGUGCGCUGGCCUGCGGGGCAACUCGCAAGAAGCGCAGACGGCUCUGGUGGCGUUGA